GUUAAAGAAAGAAAUUAAAAAUGAGUAAGGAGAUAGAAGCUUCUAGGACAGCCGAAGAUAGGGAAAUGGAGGAUGCCGAAAUGGAAGAUGCCUUUAAUGAUAAUGAAGAAUCACAACCUCAAGGUGAACAAAUACCAGAUAGUCAAUCACAACAACAACAACAACAAGAGGAGCUGUCACAAUCACAGAACGAAAAGCCUAACAAUGCGCCAAAACAAGAUAAACCACACGUAUCAUCAGUUCCACAUAUACCCGAUUUACCAGAACUCACGAGAAAAGAUAAAACCUUGAAAGAGGUGCUUGACUUGAUGGAUGGAGAAUUUGCUCCUAUAAUUCCAGACUCUGUCACUGAUUAUUACUUAGCCAAGAAUGGAUUUGAAGCCUCUGAUGUUAAGAUCAAAAGAUUACUAGCAUUAGCUACUCAAAAAUUUAUACUGGAUAUUGCUCAAGAUGCUUAUGAGUAUUCGAGAAUUCGUAAUGCCUCAUCCGUUUAUAAUAGUUCCAAUCCUCAAGUAAGAGCAAAACAACUUUUACAAGGUCAGCAAUUUGCUAAUCAACAGUCUAUAACUGGUGCUAGUAAUGGGUCUGGUACCAUAGAUGGACAGGGUGAACAGCAACCUCAGCAGCAACAUUCUAGUAGUAAUGCUGGUAAUCAGCAAGGAAAGAUUGUAUUGACGAUGGAAGACUUGAGCAGUGCAUUGAGUGAAUAUGGAUUGAAUACUUCGAGACCUGAUUUUUACCGUUAGGAUUAAUUAAUGAUUGUUAUUUUUGUAUAUUAUUCAUGUAUUAUUCAUCAAUUGAACUUAUUUUAAUGA